GUCACUUGUCGCUCCUCACCUCCAGAUUUUUUUGUCAUUUCUUCAGAUAUUUUCAUUGCGACUCAGAUUUUUUUGGUAAUUUAUCAGAACUUCAGAUUUUUUUGCGCUCUGACUCAGAUCUCUCGGUAAUUUAUCAAGAGAACUCCAGAUAUUUUAUACCAGACUAAUUUAUUUGCUUACUCAUCACGUGUCACUCCAGAAAAAAAAAAAUCUUUACUCACCAAAGAAAACCCACAAAAUAUUCAUAAAAUUCAAAGUCUCUCACGAAUCACAUAAUUUUACUCAUCAUCUGGACAUUUCUGCCAACCGUGACUCGGAAACAAGACUCAAGACUCACCUGAAAACUCACCCACUCACCUUAAGACCCGCCCCCUUACCUGAAGACUCACCCCUCACCUGCCGGACUCAGAAUGUUCCUCAAGGGCGUGUUAAUUGCAGUGGCCGUGGUGUGUGUGUCUUCGCUGCCCAGAGCUCGCCGGGACUCAACGCCAGAGGAAUAUGAGCUGCCGGCCAACGCUACUGCCAUCCUGCGCCGCGGCAUUAGGACUGGCUUUGUGUGUGACGGCAAGGUGUAUGGGUUCUACGCUGACCCAGACAACGCGUGCCAAAUCUUCCACCUGUGCUACCCUUACGUGGACGCCGACCUGGUGGUGAAGCUCAGAAUGUUCUCCUUCAUCUGUGGUCCUCAGCUGGUGUUUGAUCAGGAGAAGCUGGUAUGUGACUUCCCGGAGAACUCGGUGCCGUGUGAGGCCGCUCCAUCCUUGUACAGCAUCAACAAUUUCUUCGGAAGGGAGGAGCUCAACUUCCGCGAGGGCCCGCCGCCGCCACUCCCCGAGCAGCCUGACUUCCAACUACAGACCUUCGGGGAGUUUCGUCAAGUCCUCGCCGAAACUGCCGCGACACUGAAUGAUCCACCUCGCCGCUCUUAAGGCCCGUGCUCAGAAACGCUUUGCUCCCUCACCAUGACUAUUUUCCAAGGCCACAGAGAUGAUUCGAAGGGUUCUCAAGAUUGUGUUUUCAGUGGUAAUGGAGAAAACUUGCUGCUCUUUCAUUAGAAUCAAGAAAGCCUGUGUAAUUUAAUCCAGAGCGUUUUUUAUUAGUGUUGUGUAAAGUAUGUCGUAGUUGAAACGUAGAGGAGAAGUGUUUCAGACAAAGGGUUGUAAUAUUUUUCUGUUGUUUUUCGUUUUUUUAUCAAGUCGGAUUCAUUAGUUCUAAGUUUACUGAUAGGUUGAUUCAUCUCUCUCUCUCUCUCUCUCUCUCUCUCUCUCUCUCUCUCU